AUGAAGCUGGAUGUGGAUGCUCUGCGAUAUCUCUCCAGAGAUGACUUUAGGGUUCUUACGGCCGUCGAAAUGGGCAUGCGCAAUCACGAAAUUGUACCGUCGGAGUUGAUUGACCGAAUCGCUUCCCUCAAGCAUGGCGGCACAUAUAAAGUUUUGAAGAAUCUGCUUAAGCACAAGCUCGUGCACCACGAUGCUUCCAAAUAUGAUGGUCUUCGGUUGACAUAUUUGGGCUAUGAUUUUCUUGCAAUUAAGACAUUGGUCAACCGAGGAGUUUUCACUGCCGUUGGUCGUCAGAUUGGUGUUGGAAAGGAGUCUGAUAUAUUUGAGGUUGCCACAGAAGAUGGUACAGUUCUUGCAAUGAAGUUACACAGACUUGGUAGGACAUCUUUUAGGGCAGUCAAAUCAAAACGUGAUUACUUGAGGCACCGCAGUAGCUUCAGCUGGCUGUACUUGUCUCGGCUUGCAGCGCUCAAAGAAUUUGCCUUUAUGAAGGCUUUGGGUGAACAUGGUUUUCCUGUCCCAAAUGCAGUGGAUUGCAAUCGGCAUUGUGUUAUAAUGUCACUUAUCCAAGGAUAUCCACUUGUGCAGGUUAGGGAAUUGCAAAAUCCAGACACAAUUUUUGAUACGAUCCUCGGUCUUGUUGUUCGCCUGGCAGAGCAUGGACUCAUUCACUGCGAUUUCAAUGAGUUUAACAUUAUGAUUGAUGAUGAUGAGAAGGUCACAAUGAUUGAUUUUCCGCAAAUGGUUUCAGUUUCUCAUCGAAAUGCAAAGAUGUACUUUGACCGUGACAUUGAAUGUAUCUUUAAGUUCUUUAAAAAGAGGUUUAACCUCUCGUUUGAUGAAAAUGAAGCUGAACAUGACGAUGCAGAAGUAGAUUCAGAUUCAGAUGAAUGCCGGCCUCAGUUUGUGGACAUACAGAAAGUUUCUGGUUGUCUGGACAAGGAACUUGAAGCAAGUGGUUUCACUAGAAAGGAUCAAGAAGUUAUAGAGAAGUUUGUCGAUGGAGAUGUAGAGAAAGAUUCAGAAUCUGAUGGUGAAGAAGCUGAAGACGAAGAAGAUACCGUUGAUCAGAUAAAUGAUACAAGCGUAGUAAAUCUCGAGUCCUUGAGCUUGGUUAAAGAGGGAGAAGAUAAUCUUGUUGAAGAUGCCUCCAAAGAAGCCGACCAAACUGAAAAUAAUCUCGAGGGUAAUGAUAAACAAGCUGAGGCUGAGGAUGAUUCUGAAGAAGACGAAGAAGAAGAUGACCCUGAACUUUUAAAGAGUCUGACGAAACAACGACAAAAGGCUAUUAAAGCGGCUCAUGGGAGGAGGAGAGUUGUCACCUCUAGAAAUUCUUACAAGGACAAAGGUGGCAAGUCGUCUCAGAAUUCCAAGCUCCAUAAGCAAUUAAGUAGCUGGUGAAUUAUUUAAUUAUUCUACGAUCUCUACCUAGUUCCAAAUUCUGACUCUAAGUGUGUAUGUGCUCUUAAAUUCUUCAUAAAUCUCGACUGCGAUUUUGGUUAAUUUUAUCGAAGCCUUGCUUGUGUAAUGAUAGCUACUUGUUCUUGAAUACUGAAUAGUAAUUGACAUU